GGCAGCCGAUACCACCAAUAAUGUACUUCGCCCACCCGAAUAUUUAGUACCCUAAAGUAUCUAGUAUCCCCCCGCCAUUAAGGCCCCAUCGGCCCCCAUCAGGCUCAAAUCAGAAGCCCGCCUUUUUCAGCCAGCACCAAAACCAAGCACCAGCCAUUACCCAUUACCCAUACCUGAACUGUCUGGACAGAGCGAGACAUCAACCGCAACGUCUCAGCGUGCAUUUCUAUUCAUCUGUCUUCCCUUCACCAUCCAUCAUCAUCCACCAUCCACCAUCCACCUGCAGACAUCAUUUUACACUGACGCCAGAAAAAAAAAUACUUUUCCCCUCACGCAAAUCAAUUUUCUCCUCCGUCUACUUCUCUUUUUUUCCCUCUAAACCCCCACGCUCAUCGGUCAAACGUCAAAUCUCCAACCAAACGUGGUUGUUCUGGUAAAUUAUUUUUUAAAAAUUCCCAUUUUCACACAAUUACAUCAAAUCAAGUAUUCAAUAACCGCCACACGCCAAUCCCGCCCUACGAACCACUGGCGGCUCCCGACAUAGUUUAAGAACUGUUGGAUAGGAACCUGACAUUAGGUGAGAGAGAUCAAAACCUUACACCUUUUGAUCCAUCAUCAUGUCAGGUUCGGAGGGAGGAUUCGACCUGCUUCGGCGGGCAACUCAAGCAAUGAUGUCAAAAACAUCGACCGCGGAGGACGAUGGCACUGACCAAAUUGGUUACGAUACUCCGAGAUCUGGCAUCGCUACGCCUCAGCCUGAUCUUCACGACAAGAGACUACCGGGUAUUAUGAGCUACUUUGGUCAGGAAGAGAAGGAUUCGCACAUCGUACCUGAGCAACUGCCGAGCCCGGAAUCGGAAUUGAGCGGCAAGGACGUCACGCCUGAUUCUUCGCCUCUCCUUUCACAUGAGAGGAUCGAACCCCUGGCAAAAGUACAGUCCUCGCAACAGUCAGCUUCCGAUAUCCACCCUUACCCUACGCCUCCUUGUUCACAAACACCGUCGGAGAGGGGAGUCAAGUUGUCAGAUGCGAGUGGAGAUUCCGACGGGGCUACUAGCGGCCCAUCGAAUCGAUCUUCUCUGAACACCAAGAGCGGCUCGGACCUUUCUCAGCUCAAAGUUCGGAGAGCCACUUUAGCAUCCCCUCUUACGAGCAUCGUCACAACGUCUAAUGUCCUUGCGAGCCAUCUUUCUAUCCCUACCGAUCGUGCAUUUUCAACAACACCAAGUUCUCCUUCCGACGCGCAGCCCCCUGCAGGCGAUGCCGGCAGUUUUCUAUCUCAGUCCGCCUCGAUUGAUCGACUCAAGAAGCUAACAGAUGUUGGGACGAAAAAGAGCGGCCCCCCGACCCCUACCAGAACGCUCUCGGCUACCCACUCGUCACACGCAGAAGAAAGGUCGCCUUCGAAGCUUAGUGGAGAUGGAAUGGAUACGGGUGGGAGGCAGACGCCAGUCUCAUCUGCGAGUAGCGGUGCGCAAGCGCCACCACAGAGAGGCAAGCUUACUAUCAAGAUCUUGGAGGCGAGAGGGUUGCGGAAGAGCCGCGAUCCCUACGUUGUUGCCGUGUUCCAGAGAAGCGAGUUGAUCUCGCAUGGACCACGGACUUUCGAGGACGAAGACGAGUCAGCAGCACCCGCGCCGGUCCCCAUUGGCGGGAUUCCCAUACAGCGCCAAAGCAGCGACCAAGGCCGUUCGAUGGCGAUACCUAUGCGUAGUCGCCAGAGCAGCAACACCAGCAUCACCGACUAUAACACAUUCCGCAAUCGUCCGCGAAGAUCGUUUACAAGUCCUAAGUGGGAUGCCGAAGCAGUAUUUGAUGUUGUUGAUUCAGACAUGCUAGUGGACAUUUCGAUUUAUGACCACGGCACCCAAGGAGAAGACUUCUUGGGCCACGUUGAUUUCCAGGCGAUUAUCCCUGGUAAAGAUGAGCCAGUGCGAGGCUGGUACUCGUUAAGAGGAAAUCUCGACACGACUCCCGACAAGACGCCCACCGGUGAAAUAUUUGUCGAGGCGAUCUACCAGCGAACCGAGAAGAAGCAUUACGGUCCCGACGAUUUCCAGAUUCUACGUUUGAUUGGGAAGGGUACGUUCGGUCAAGUUUACCAAGUUCGGAAGAAGGAUACUGGCCGGAUAUACGCCAUGAAAGUAUUGUCGAAGAAGGUCAUCGUCCAGAAGAAAGAGGUGGCGCACACGGUCGGAGAGCGGAACAUCCUCGUAAGGACAGCCAUGUCGGAAUCCCCGUUCAUCGUAGGCUUGAAAUUCUCUUUCCAGACUCAGAAUGACCUUUUCCUCGUCACCGACUAUAUGUCAGGCGGCGAGCUUUUCUGGCAUCUCCAGAAAGAAGGCCGAUUCGAUGAGAAGCGAGCCAAGUUUUACAUCGCAGAGCUUAUUCUCGCAAUUCAACAUCUCCACAACAACGACAUCGUCUACCGAGAUCUCAAGCCUGAGAAUAUCUUACUCGAUGCCAAUGGCCACAUAGCCCUUUGCGAUUUUGGCCUGUCCAAGGCGAAUCUGACCCAAAACGACACAACAAAUACGUUUUGCGGAACCACGGAAUACUUAGCUCCGGAGGUAUUGUUGGACGAGGCCGGAUACACCAAGAUGGUAGAUUUCUGGUCACUCGGUGUCCUUGUUUUCGAGAUGUGUUGUGGGUGGAGCCCCUUUUACGCCGAGGAUACGCAGCAGAUGUACAAGAACAUCGCGUUCGGUAAGGUGCGAUUCCCCCGAGACACACUUUCGCAGGAAGGUAGGAACUUCGUCAAGGGUCUCCUGAACAGAAAUCCGAAACACCGGCUAGGCGCCAUUGAUGAUGCCGAGGAGCUGAAGAGACAUGCAUUCUUCGGGGAUGUCGACUGGGACGUUUUGGCCAAGAAACUCAUCACCCCGCCCUUUAAGCCGAAGUUGAAGUCCGAAACCGACGUCUCCUACUUUGACCCCGAAUUCACCAACGCGUUGAAUACGAAUGGCUCGCUGAACGAACGUGCUCAGCAGUUAGCCACUGGGUUUGCGACGUCAACACCGUUGUCCCCGACUACACAGGCGAAUUUCCAGGGUUUUACGUUUGUAGAUGAGAGUUCAUUGGAUGACCAUAUGAGAGGACGAUACGUUGACGAGGAGAUGGACGACGCUGAUCACCGAGAUAACGACUGGGACGAUCUCGAAGAUCUCGAUCUCCGGAAGGCCAACAGGAUGAGUGGGAUCGUCAAGACUGGGAAUAACGACGAGCCUUUUGGCGAUUCCCACUUUGACAUAUGACACGGAGUUUUUUUCUUGUUUAUUUUGGAGCCUUACGACAAUGAGGAUGAACCCGCACGAUCGUUCUCAGCAUUCACGACAGUUUCUGCAAUUCUUCUAAAAUCCUGUCCGUGGCAUUAUUGCAUAAGGGCGGCAUACUGCAUGAGGUGACAGUUGGCAGAAGUUAAUUAGUCACUACGGGGUGGUCGGGCGUUUGGUAGUUGCAAAUAGUCUGGAAUCAUGACACUUUACGUACACGAGGCUACGGGAUUCUUUCGGAAAUAUCUAACCCAUUACCCAUUUUACGUCAUGAAGGAUCAGUACAGAUCACAUGGUCUUGCCCCUUUGUCACUUUUCAGUUUGAAAUUCAUACGCGGAGACUUCUGAUAGCGAAGCGUUUACUGCCGACGGGCGGCGUAGCCCUUCUCCGCGCGGACAAUCUC